AUGUCGACAUCUGCACGAAUCUUUUCUUUUGGCUUGGGCUAUUCACCAAGUCGUGCGUUGGUCAAAGGUCUAGCUCGAACAACCAACGGUCGUUUUGUUUUUAUUCCUUCUAAUAGCAGUGUCGAUGUUUAUGUUGGUGAGCAAUUACAACGCACUUUACAACCGGCAAUCACCAAUGUUGAAGUUGAAUGGAAGUUUGGCAUACCUGUCACCAAUGUUCCAACGAAGCCUCCGCCAGUCUAUGCCAAUGAUCGUUUCAUUGUUUAUGCUCUAGCAAAUGAUUCCGGUACGACAUUCAAUGAUGAUGCUAGUGUCGAGUUGCAUGUCAAUCGGUACCGAUUGAGUGUGAUCAAAGCCAGCUUUGUGUCGAAUACCAAGAAUAACGGUACCAUUGCUCGACUGGCUGUCAAAGCCCUCAUUCUAGAGUUACAACAUGCUAAAAUACCAUCAAACAAUAUUCGCGGAUCGUUGCAAACACGAUUGCAGAACCAAACAGAAUCGUCCACGUCGUCAACAACAAUAACAACAACAACUGCUGCUGCUGACAAAAACCAGAUAACUAAACAACGCAUUAUUGAACUGUCACUAAAAUACAAUAUUCUCAACCCAUAUACGGCAUUUGUCGGGAUCGAAAAGCGGGCAAAUCAAAGCAAUGCCGAAAUGGUCUUACGCGAAGUACCCAUUGAUAUAUCAGCUGAUGAUCAGCACUUACUAGCAGAGAUUCGCAUAAAAUCCUGUUUUCGAAUGACAUCUGCAGUCAGGCCUCCUAGUAGCUUUGACAUCGAUAAUUUCAUGGCACCCAGUUGCGCAUCAACAUGUAGGUCUGCUCUGCGGCCAGUGCAGCAGACGGACAUUCAACAUCGUGCUAAAUCAGCUCCUCGUUCGAAAAGCUUUCGCCCAGUUUCAAUAUCCAUGCCUAGUGUUGGCCUUAUGGAUUAUAUUCGAAGUUUUCGAAUCUUUAAAAAGUUAAACAUAAAUUUAGAUAAUCCCAACUGGAAUGGAACUUGGCACGGUUCACUAAUAAAUUACCCAACGAGAUCCGAAUCUUCUCCUGUAGAUGUAUUAACGGAAAUGGGACCUUACCCAACCAGUGACAAUACUUGUGCGAUGUGGCGUAACACUUAUUUACAGGACGGAAAGGUUCAAGGAGUAAAAGACUAUCGUCUGUGUCGCGGCCAAGGUGCUGACGAUCUUGUUAUUGAUGAAGGUAAUGGUGUUAAACUUGAGACACGAUGGAUCGGUGAUGUACUUGUUACACCAUUCAAAUAUGACAAUUUACUUUUCAUCUCGAGUACACGACUGCACGGGGAUAUUCUUCAAGAAGAAAUACUCAUAAUUGAUGAUAAACCUGCUAUAAAAGGACCGCUAUCGAUGCAUGCACGUUCUAUUCAACGUAUUGAAACGAAGCGUGUUAAAUCAUAA